GGACUCUAUAUCUUCCGGAGCCACCGCAAGCUCCAUGCAAGGCAACACCCACAUAUUCCAAGCCCUACGCUACCUCCAGAACGUAUGCAACCAUCCGAAACUCGUCUUAAAUCCCACGCAUCCCCAGUACCAACAUGUCAUCGCCCAGUUGAAACCAGGGUUGCCACAAGCUACACAAUUCACAAUUCUAAACUCGAAGACAUCGCACAUUCGGCCGGCACUAAAACAAUUGCUGAACGAUUGCGAUAUCGGUACCAACUUAGACAACGGUAUUUACAAGGAAUCGGAGAUCGUGAUCAAUCAGCACAGGGCUUUGGUGUUCUGUCAGUUGAAGGCGAUGCUGGACAUUAUAGAGAACGAUCUGUUCAAGAAGCACAUGCCCAACGUAACGUAUUUGAGGCUGGACGGGUCGGUGCCGCCUGUUAUGAGACAUUCGGUUGUUACACGGUAAG